AAUUAAUAUACUCCGUACCAUAUAAUGUUUUAAAAAAAGUAUCACAUAAUUUUUAUUUAAUUAUAGAAAAAAUGUUGAAAGUGGUCGCCUGCAAAAGGAUAAAACUAGACGUAUCGAUUUUUAAGUAUAUUAUGGUGAAAUUUAAAAACAUUAAUGAAAAACUGAAGUAUAGAUCUAAUUAAUCCAAAUAUAUGCAGUAUAAAAACCCAAUGAAUUGAACUAGCUUUAGAUAUAACCAAACGCCGUAAAAUGGGGUCGAGCCAGAGCAGGGAAAAAAGGUACCGCAAAUAUUAUACCCUCACCACAACCACCACCACCGCCGCCACUUAUGAAACCCGCGCCGCCGCGACGCCCUCGGCCCACUUGACUUUUGGGUAUGACGGCGAUCAAGUCCACACCCGAGCCACCAAUGUCGUCACGGCUGUUGACCGCCGGUCAAACGGCGGAGCUCCCCGUGGCGGCGGUGGUGGCGGCCAGGUUGAUCACGAAGACGACGAUGAGUACAUCGAUCUCAAAGCCACCGAAUACAUCGCAAGGGUGCGGGAAAGGCUGAGGUUGCAAAAUGAAUCCGAGGAUGGAUUAGACAACGCGGUUAGGUCGGAGUGGUCUGCCGGUGGUGGUAGCGGCGGCGGCGGCGAUAUGGUCUCUCCGCCGUGUAUUGAUGCACAAACCGAGGCCUACAUCUCGUCCAUUCGCGAAAAACUUCUACUCGAAAAUCACUCUAAAUAAAUUGAACUGAAAAUAAAAUCAGGCAAGACAAUUAAUGCCUAAUUGAAAACUUUAUUGGGUAUAACUAGAUUUUUUUUUAACCGCAAGAUUUUUUUGACAUUAGAAAAAAAUGACUCCAAAAUGGCACUUAGAUUUUGGGUGCAUAGAAUACUUUGUUAAUAAAAUUGAUGGUCUCUACUUCUUAAUUCCCUUCUAAACCCCAACUCAACCUUCCUAUCCUCCCUCGGAAAAAGGGGCAAGAGGAUGGGUCCAAAGUUAGAAAAAAGUGAUCGUGAAAUGACCACAGUACCCCUGACGCAGUAUUUGAGAUUCUCCAUAACCAUUUAUUUAUCUCCUAUAGCCUGCACCU